AUGGAAGCAUCCGCCUCCUCUGCGCUGGUGAUUUGGGGGAGCACGGGCAAGCGGCUGCAGUUUACCCGGCAGGAACUUCAAAUACCCGAGAGCGUGAAGGGACGUCCGAAUCAUCACUUCUUUGAGAAGCAGUGGGACGCCGUGGCCGGCUUUUGGAUGAACCGCGUCCUGAAGGAGGUGCCUUUGCAGCACCUGGCCGUGGAGGACAUUGUGCGGUUUAUCGUGAGCGACAUCGAGAAGCGGUGGGAGCAGCGGAAGAGGGAGAAGGCGCUCUACAAGAAGCGAAAGCGGCUACUGGAAUCUGGCAACCUGAACGCCGCCGGGGCACCGUCGCCGCACGUGCUUAUCACCAACGUCGUCUCCCUCGAGGCCUACCGGCAGCUGCUGGCGGAAGGUGCGCUGCAGGGGCUGGUGACGGCGGUGCUGGAGAAGGUGGAGGAGAUCGCGAAGGAGAAGGUGGCGCAGCACACGAUUCUGGUGGACGACGAAGACGGCAGCCGCGACGCCAGGGGCGACAACGCCGGGAAGGUGCAGGAAAAGGAAAAAGACGCGCAAGGCGACGGCGGCGGCGGCGACGGCGCAGGCGAGGACCAGGCGAGGUCAAAGAAGAGGCCACGACUUGAGCAGGGUGCGGAUGUGCCUUUUGAUGACCAUGUUGCCUUCGUGUGUACAUUUUCCUCAGAAGCAAAGGCCGCCAGGGUUGUUAGUGAAUUGCACGGCAGCAAGUUUGACUCUCGGGCAGUGUUGUGUCGUUUUUACGCUCUUUAG